AUGGAAGCUUUGUCAACAAUCCUGUGCGUAGCCAUCAUUAUCGGAACACACCAGGCCAACUCCAUUGUCGUCGGCCAAGUCUACACCAGAACCAAAGUUCCCGCCCAUUACCAGAGCAACCACUCUGUCGGCGGCGGUGGCAUGGACUUAAGCUUCAUGCAAUCAAACCCACCCAGAGCCGUUCCCCCCGGCAUAUCAACGGCGGCGAGUUUGUACAGCUCGUGGUCUUUUGGAAGCUCCGACGAGCCCCUUGAACAAUAUCGAGAUUACAUCUUUGACCGCCAAAAGUUUGAUGCCUUGGGCCUGACCGACUUCGUCAUUAGUGCGGUUAAGGUCCAGCGAAAUGUCACCUGCGAUGGCUUCCCUGUCAAGAUAUCGAACGACACAGACAUGGACAAUCGCAUUUUCUCUGUUCAAACAAACCAGAACUCCGGGUCGGUUCAGCUCCGACCAGAACGACGCACAGCGGUGUGGGUGGACAACAUCAAGUACAUCGACAGCACCCGGACCAUCUCCACUCUCGUCUUCGCGGCUCUAGACGGCAACAUCGAGAAGGGUGUCAACACAAAAACAACAAAGCCAAUGCAGACUGCAGACCAGCAUAUCGACAGCAUCUCCGCCGUUGCAUGUGCUGUUGACGUCACGCUCAUCGACAACCAGCACAUCGGCAACAACAGCGACGGGGCUCAGCCAGCCACAAUCUCAAGCCUCGACACGAUAAAAGGCCCGGACGACACCGACAGCAACGCUUCUCCUCUCGGCGAGGUAGCUGCCUGGCUGGGCGUCUCCGUCACGUCGUUCGGCGUCAGCACCCGGGGCGCGCAGCCCAUGUUCGAAUCGCCCGAGCGCUUUGCGAACGCUUCUCCCCAGCUGCCGAAGGCGUACAACCUGGCGCUGCCGAACAACGCAGGGAAUCUAGGGGACAACUGGACGCUCGCCGAGAUCGAGAACUUCAUCACGGUCGGAUCGGGCGCGGUGGCCAUGAGCAUCGCUAUCAACGACAAGGGCAGAGGCAACUACACGUUAGUCGAUAGCAUACAAGAGGCGUCUGGACUCAAAUCGUCGGGGGCUUACAUCUUGCUUUACCUCGCGGUGCCCGUCUUGGUUGUUUUCUUCCUCCAGGCUGGGCUCACCGUCUGGAUCCACCGCAACGAGGAUGUUCCCGCUUUCCAUACGGCUGAUGUACCGCAGAUUGUUGUCGGUUCCAGAGCUCUGGAAAUGCAGAAGCUGCUGUACGAGGCGGAAAGUGAAAAGGAUAUCACGUCUUUGAAGGUCAAGUACAAGCGUUUGUCGGAGGGUCCUAUGGAGUUUGGUUUGUAUGCCGUGCGCUAG